AUGGAGAUGAACGUCGACAACGCCAAGCAGCUCCUCGCUCAGCACGAGCAGGAGCUGCACCAAGCACAGGCGGCUCAGUCGCAGACGCUCAAACAGGAUCCUAUCACAGCUGUCACCUCGGCUCCUAAUGGCACCGCUUCCGAUGUCACAUCAGCGCCGACGGCAACCGCGAAUGGAGCAUCAGCUCCAGCUCCAGCACAAGCGGGUCUCGCGGCCCCUGCAGCCCCUGCCACCCAAGCCGCUGCUCCAAUCACCUAUAGCGCCCAAUCCUCGGUCAAGGCCCCAGUCACCUCUGUUAACGGUCGAAUGCAGCUCAUCAACGAAGAGCAAAAGUUCAACAGCUCCGAGUUCGCCCCUCACCUCGACAGCUGGGGUCUCGCAGAUGCUGGCUUUGGUUACGACCUCUGCGCCGUGCUCGGCUCGCAAUCCACCGGCAAGUCCACCCUCCUCAACAAGCUCUUCGGCACCAACUUCGACGUCAUGUCCGAAUCAGCGCGUCAGCAGACCACCAAAGGUAUCUGGAUGUGCAAGGGUCUCAAGAUGAAUGUUCUCGUCAUGGACGUCGAGGGAACCGACGGCCGUGAACGUGGUGAGGACCAGGACUUUGAACGCAAGUCUGCCUUGUUCUCUAUGGCUUCUGCCGAGGUGCUCAUCGUCAACCUCUGGGAGCACCAGGUCGGACUCUACCAGGGCGCCAACAUGGGUCUGCUCAAGACUGUCUUCGAAGUCAACCUCGGCCUAUUCCAAUCCAGCAAAGCCAAGACGGCAGGAGCUAAAGACAAGACACUCCUACUUUUCGUGAUCCGCGACCACAUCGGACAAACUCCCCUCGAAAAUCUAUCGGCCACCAUUAUGGCUGACCUCACCAAGAUUUGGUUCUCGCUCUCCAAACCUGAAGGGCUCGAGGAUUCCAACAUCACCGACUUUUUCGACUUCAUGUUCACCACUCUCCCGCACAAGAUCCUUCAACCCGCUGAGUUCGACAGGGCCGUCGACACUCUGCGCAAUCGGUUCGUCGACCCCAAAGACCCUAACUUCGUCUUCAAGACCGAGUACCACAAGCGCAUCCCAGCCGACGGCCUGCCGCACUACCUCGAGAGCAUCUGGGAGCAAGUCAUGACGAAUAAGGACCUCGAUCUGCCCACCCAACAGGAGCUCCUCGCCCAGUUCCGAUGCGACGAGAUCGCCAAUGCCGCAUUCUCCCAUUUCGCUACCAGCAUCAAGGACUUCAGGAAGCACAUUGAAGGCGGUUCCAUCCUCGACACUCUCGGCGCGGACAUGGCGCUGCACCGUACCACUGCGCUGUCCAAGUUCGACCGCGAUGCAAGCCGCUACCACCAAGACGUGUACAAGCGCAAGCGCCUCGAUCUGCUCGACAAGCUCAACGGCUCGCUCUCGCCCUUCUUCCUCGGUCAGCUCAAAAACUUGCAUCGCCACAUGCUCUCGUCGUUCAAGAAAAACGUGCUGGAGCGCAUGCGUUCCGAAUUGAAUUACGAUUUCGGCCAGGUGGUCACCUCGGAGAAGCAAUCCGCAUUGGGCAAGUUUACCGCUGCGGCGCAAGCAGUGCUGCUGGCGGAGACGGACUGGACGAUCGACGAGGAGGUCGCGCAGCUGGACACCGAGAUUCAGGCCAUCUCGGACACCAUGCGCGUCGAGGAGACGAAAAAGAUGGUCGCCCAGAUCGAGCGUAUAUUCAAGAAGAACAUCGCCGAACCAAUCGAGAUGGCGCUCAAUAAGCCCGAGCCGGACAUGUGGGACAAGGUGCUCUCCGCGUUCCGCUCGACGCUGGAACAGGCCGAAGCGACCUACCUGCGCAAAGCCAAGAGCUUCAACUGCACGGAGGAGGAGAACGAGGCCGCGCUUUUGGCGCUGCGUCGCAAGAGCUGGCUGAGCCUGCGCGCCAAGGUCGACGAGCAGACCGCCGACUCGGUGAUCGCCGCCAAGCUGAGGAAUAACUUCGAGGAUCGAUUCCGCUACGAUGACGCUGGGGUGCCGCGCGUGUGGAAGCCCGAAGACGACAUCGAUAGCGCGUUCCGCAAGGCACGGGACGAGACCCUGUCGCUCAUCCCACUCUAUGCCAAGAUUAGUCCUACCGACCCAGCGCUGGCGGUGGAAUUGCCAUCGACAUCCGACGACCCUUCCCACCAGACCUCGGUCGACCGUGGCGAGGAGGAGCCGUUCGACUUCGCCUCCACCCUCACCGUCUUCACCGAGACUCGCAAGAUCGACAUCUCGAAUCGCUUCCGCAAGGAGGCCGAUGCGCUGUAUGUCGAGGCGAAACGCUCCACUGUCAGCUCCAUCGCCCAGAUCCCGCUCUGGAUGUACGGUGUCAUGGUGGUGCUCGGAUGGAACGAGUUCAUGGCGGUCAUCUCCAGCCCGAUUUACUUCACCUUCCUUUUGCUCCUGAUUGCGAGCGCAUACGUUGUUUGGAGGCUCAAUCUGCAGGGCCCGCUGGUGAGCGUCGUCAAGGCGGUCGGGAGGGAGGUGCACAGGUUGGCCGAUGAUCAGUUGAGGAGUCACUUCAGCCAGCCUGUCCCCGCGCCAGCAGUGUUGCAAGACCAGCGGGCGGCGCCAAAGGAGAGCAAGGUGGAAGAGAUCGAGUUGACGGAAAAGUCGUAG